CCUAAGAAGUCUUGCCCUUCUAAACGUCGUCUCUUCUUCGUUUGUCUCGCUCAUCAUUGGGGAAUUUCAAGAGAUACCCAUGUAAUGCAAUGUAACAACGACAAAUAUGCUUGGGGAGCUGACCUCUUGAUUUGUGGGGAUAGUUUGUAACAUGAUGGAAACGGGUGGCACAGGAUCUACCCAGAAAAAAAUGAAAAUGGGAUGCUCAACUCCAGACAUAAUCAGUAAUCUUCCAUGCAAUGUCCUAGAAAAAAUCUUGGUAUGUUUGACUAUACAGGAUGCAGCAAGGACAAGUGUUUUGUCAAGGAAAUGGAGGUAUAGGUGGACCACACUUCCCCAACUUGUAUUUAAUGAUCAGUUUUGCAGAGGAUCAGUAGUGAGGGCAACGACAGAUAGACUUAUGAUGACUCUUUAUAAAGUUCUGCUACACCAUCAGGGACCAUUACUGAAGUUCACUCUCUCCUUAGCAGAAUUGAAAAGCUGUCCUGAAAUUGACCAAUUUAUAUAUUUUGUGUCCAAGAAUGGCAUCAGAGUAUUCAAACUUCACAUUUGGAAGGGUGUACCUUACAAAUUGCCAUCAACUCUAUUUUCGUGCCUACAACUUGAGCGUUUGAGUCUCCAUUCUUGUGUGUUUAAACCUCCUCCCGGGUUUAAAGGAUUUACAAGACUUGUUUCCCUUGAGCUUAGCUAUGUUUUAAUUGCUUGCGACGUACUCUCAAGUUUGAUCUCAAGUUGCCUGCUACUUGAACGGCUGAAACUUCGUAGCUCCAGUACUAGUUUGAAUUACCUUGGGAUUUUUGCUCCUAAUCUUAAAUACCUAUCGAUUGAAGGACUUUUCAGAUCUAUUUGCAUCAGAGUUCAUGAUGAUGCGUCUGUCUCAGUAGCUUUGAAAGGAUCGAGGAAUCGUUUAGGAUUUAAUGAAGGAGAAAUAUCCAACUCCGUCAUGCUUCUUCGUAGUUUACCGGUGGUUGAGUUUCUGGUAUUAGACUAUUCUUUUUUGCAGUGCAUGGCUGCUAAUGGCGUGCGAGAAAGGCUUCCUACUACUUUGAACAACCUUUUUUCUCUUCAGUUGCAUAAUAUAUCUUUUGGAGAGCCAGAUGAGGUCUCCACUGUUCUUUACUUUAUCAGAAGCUCCCCAAACUUGCAACUACUUGAUAUUCGUGCAUUCCACAGUGCAACUGCCGCUAUUGAUCCUGUUGUAGAACUUUAUGACUUGGAAGGCUGGUCGGAUGUCUCCGUAAAUAAGCUUUACUUUGUGUGGAUGGGAGAGGUGUCUGGCACAAAGGUUGAAAUGGAGUUCAUUAGGCUUCUGUUAGCCAAAUCUCCAAUACUGAAGACCAUGCAUAUGAAGCUGAAGUCGAAGGAGGUUGCUGAAAGAUUGAGGAUUGUGGAAGAGUUCACAGGAUUUCGACGUGCGUCAGCUCAAGCAGUAAUCACUUUCUCAAAGUAAAGGCAUACGAAGACCAAGUUCAACAGCUUAACUCCUAGAGCUACUUUCGUUUUGGUUGGCUUUUAUGGAUUCUCGUGUUUAGCUGGAUGUUUGCUGCUCACUUUUUGAACUUUGGACUUGGUACUCUUUUGGAACCUUCCUGCUCAUGGAAAUUGUUGGCUAAUGUAAUGAAGGUCUUUCCUGUGCUUUAUUUU